AUGGCAUUCGAACCAAUCUUCAACAGCUUCUCCACCCGCCCAACACCACAAGCCCUCCGCCACCCAACAGGCUCCUUCUUGCAUCUCCUCCGCGACAACUUUAGCAUAACAACCUGGCUCCUCUUCGGCGCCCUCCUCCAAGGCCUAGCCUGCCUCCUACUUCCCUACCCCAACAUCGCCCUAAUCGCCCCCGUCACCCUCUUCCUCUUCUACAAACUCUUCUACAUCACCCUAAUAGCCCUCGCCCUCAUCCCGGACCCCCUCGCCAAAAACGUCAUCCCAGGCCGCAGCACACCCCCCUCCGGCCAAUCCGUCACCGCCAUCCUCCUCGCCACCCGCGCCAACUCCUCCCUCGGAAUCUUCUCCCCAGGCUUCAAAGAAGUCGGCGACUACUUCGCCUCGUUCAUCCGCGACAUGAACAGCGACCCAACGCGCUACGGCUACCUCGGCUCCAACACCUUGCUCUCGGCGAACGGCGACCAGGCCACCGGCGCGGAAUCCAUGGGCCUCGUUUACUUCAAGAACGAGCAGAAAUUGCACGAGUUGGUGCAUGGCCCCAGCCAUACGGCGGCCGUGGAGUGGUAUAUGCGGAAUGGCGGGAGGGAUUUUGCGCAUAUUGGGUUGAUGCAUGAGGCUUUUGCGGCGCCGAGGAAUGGGUGGGAGGGGAUUUAUCUUAAAUUUAAACCGACUGGUCUCGGAGCUACGACGAAGGAGGUUGAAGUCGAGGGGAAGAAGGUUUGGAUGAGUCCUCUUGUGAAAGGGAAGGGGAGGCUGAGCUAUAGCAAGGGAAGAAUGGGUAGGCCUUUUGGAACGGAUGAGUGGACGGACUAUGAUAAGCUGCUUGGGGAUGAUGAGAAGGCCCCAAGUGCUAUUGAGAAGGCUUAA